AUGUUUCUGGCCACCAAAUUUGUCGAUCCAUGUUCAGUGAAUUGCAAUUUUUUAUCGAAUGAGAAGGAGGAUGAGGUGGAGUUGGUGUGGUCGUUGCUUUCGGCAGAGAGGCGAGAGUACAAGAAUUUGGUGACGCCGGAGCACUUGCUUGAAUCAGGGUUGCUGCAAGAAAUGGCUGGGAUAAGCGAGGAGAAGAAGCAACAAUGCCUUAGGGCGAGGCAAGAGAAUGAUAAGGUUGCCAAGGUCAGAAAGGCCGAAAAGAGGCAGGCCAAGGGCGUGGAGAGUGUGGCCGAAGGGGUUGAGGAUCGUGUCACUAGAAAUGGCCACGGGAUAAUGAUAAUGGGAUAG